AUGUUCCGCACACACUCGCCCUACUCGCCCUUCUUCACCUCCGGUCUGCUCUCCUCCUCCAGACCCUCUUCUCCGGAUGUGCCCCUCAGCCCCACCCGCCGCGGCAGUCUGCCCACCGACUCCCCCCGCGUCCAAGAGCUGCCCUCUGCCUUCUACUUUACUCUCCAGCCCCAGCGCGACGAGGACGAGUUCAGGUCCUAUCUCUCGCUAGAUCUCGCAGAGUCCCAGUCAAUGCGCUCUGCCAGUCUCAAGCGCACCGCCGCCUCGACGACAAAGCCCUUUGUAUUCCCUCCCAUUCCAGAGACACCUGCGCUCUCUCUCAGAAUGCGCCGCUCUCGUGACUCUCUCCGCACCAUUCCCUCUCCAAAGCCCGCGCCCUCCAUCACCCUCCCAGAUCUCCCAAAGCAAUCCCCGCCCCGUCUGCCAUCUCUCCACCCUCUUCCUGCCCUCGAGAUUUCCAUCCCCACCCGCGUCUCUGUCCCCCGCACCGCUCCUCUCACCCUCAACCGCAUGUCCGUCGCUACCACUUCCACCGUCUCCACCCGUGCACGCAGGCAGAACCGCUCAGAAGCUCUUGCACGCUUGGAAGGCCGCUCGGGCAUCCGCACUGCGCCUCUUGCCUAUCCAAAGCGCAAUUUCAUGAGCAUGAGCGACGACGAAGACGACGACGAGCAGGAUCACGCAGACGAUGAGAACGACGACAGCGAGCCAGACAGCGAUCUCGAGAGUCUCCAUUUCCCAGACCUCAAGUCCCUCCACAAUCCCCUUCUCGAGCCGGAAGACAUGGUUCUGCCCUUGCCUACCCCCGACUUUCUCCAAGCUCCCCGCUCUGCGCCUCUCCCUCCCCGAUCUCCCACCUUUGUAGGCGGUCUCCGCAGGCAGCGCACAAAGAACCGUGCCACCAAGGAUUGGUUCCCCCUCAAGAGCUUCAUUGAUCUGCGGAACGACGACGAUCGCAUGAGCACCACCAGCUCUUCCUGGGCAUGGCGCAGCUUUAUCCAAGUCGCAAACGUUUCAUGA